AUGGUUCUUAUACCUGUAAACCACAGUGACCAAGCAUUCUCAUUAUCAAUAUCCCUCGCCACGAUUGCAAUGCUGUUCUGCCCCCAAGCUGCCCUGCUCGUCCACUUCACACAUUUGGCUCAAAGUAUCGCAAAGUCCUUUGAAAUGGUCAACGCCAAGAUCGAGAUGGAAGUCACAAGCCCUGCCAGUGUUGACGGCACCCAUACAAGAUGCAAUAUGCUUUCUAAAAUCAAGAAACUGAGAACACUGAUGAACACCUACUGGAUGCUAUGUGAUGCCGUACACCAAGCUAAUGUCUUCUACUGCGAUCAGCUGAUGGCCGUUACCUUCUCCUCAUUUCUCCACAUCACUGUCACGUCUUACUAUUUUUUCUUGCUACUCAAAACUGGUACAUUGUUCCUCACGCCUACUCAAAUAGCUUGGAUCUUGUUUCACAUCUGCUACGUGGUUCUGUUACUAACUUCAAGCACAGAUGUCACCAACAAGGCUGAUGAGACAGGACAGACGAUCUGCAAGUUCAUCAACAAGAACAAGGACCCGGAAUUGAGAAAUCAGCUUGAAGGGUUUCUCCUGCAAUUGCCUCACCACAACGCAAGAUUCUCUGCGCGUGGAUUUUUCCCGCUCAACAACGAGACCCUCACAGCGAUGGUUGGAGCGGUGACAACUUACCUGGUGAUACUGAUCCAGUUCCAUACUGAACAAUCAUCCACCUAG